AAACAAGGUAAAUAAAAAAGUGUUUCCACAGUUUACACGUAUACAACAUGUAAGAUUGAUCAACAAUGAGCUUGUAUCAUGUGGUUUUAUUUCUUCUUGACAGAUCACUGCUGCAACAAUGUGGAUAAAAUUCAAAGUCAUGGAAGUGAUUCAGUGUCCAUCAUUUGUCCGUAUGAGUUGGAGUACCAGAACAACCUGAAGUUCAUCUGCAGAGGAAACCAGCCCUCCACAUGUCUGCAGCAGGCAGUCAUCACCUCUGACAGCAAACAAAAUGGACGCUUCACACUCACUGAGGACAAGGAGUCAAGAAGAUUCACAGUGACCAUUAGCAAGCUGACCCAAGAGGAUUCUGGGUGGUAUCUUUGUGGUGUCCGUAGAAACACUGGACUGGAUGUUUUCUCUGCUGUUGAGCUGGAGGUUGAAGCCUCGCCUCAGGAAACCAGCACUGUGACAGAAACCAGCACUGUGACCACAAACGUCACUGUGAUCACCAAUGUCACGUCACACUCAACAUAUGGAACUACCAAACACAUUGAAGAUGUGACACUUUUAGUUUACAUUCUGCCUGCAGUACUGCUGCUACUGAUCCUGCUGUUUGUCCUUGUUGUGCUUUUUAAAAAAAAAAAAAAAUCUACAAAUGUCGAGGAGAUGGAGUCAGUGUGAUCGCAUUGAACAGUGCUGAAGCAGGAGUAGAGGUCAGGAGUUGCAGGGAUCCAGGACAAGAGCUGUCCUGCUCAGAGCUGGGUUUGUACAUGCAGCAGAGCUCCAGUCAUGGUGAUGAAGGCGCUGAAAGACAAGAACCUGUGUACCAAAGCCUCUGUGCAACAGAAGACAUCUACUCUGUUUGUUUGUGGAGUGAAAACUAGAUUAAGCACCUCCAUGACAGUCACCUUACACUGUACAUCCAUGUCUGUCCACACUCAUGCGACAUUUGUAGUGAAGACGUUGAAUGAAUUUCAAAGUCUUUUUGUAGUACAUCCUUUUCACACAGUGAAGUUAACCAGUGACAUAUAAAAUGUCAUCCCUCCAUCAGUUUAUACAGUUAGACAUUUAUGUGAAACCUUGUCAUAACUAGAUUUGUUGUUUGUAGUUGAGACCAAACAAGUGAUUUGUGACCUUGCCCUUUGGUCUUUGAUGAGCACAUUGUAAUUAGUUCAUCAUUGAGUCAGAGUUAAUAUUUGCAUGGAGGAAGCCAGAGUACCUGGAGAGAACCCACACAGACAUGGGGAGAUCAUAUAAACCCCACACAGAAAGGCCCCGGUCGGAUUUCAACCCAGACCCUCUUGCUGUGAGGCAUCAGUGCUAACCACCACAGAACAGAGGUCAGAUUUACUGGAAGUAUUUUCUGUUACAGCAUCUGACAAGACUCUGACUCUGUAUAAACCACCGCAUCCAUGUUAGUCUAUAAAAUGUGAUUAAUGGAUGCACUUUAAUCAUUUUUCAGCAAUAUAUGUCU